AUGUUCGAAGCGAAACUUGCUAGUGCUGCAACACUGAAGAAGAUUGUUGAUGCGAUCAAAGAUCUCGUCACCGAUGCACCGUUCGAUUGCAGCGAAGGGGCCCUAUGCUUGCAGGCAAUGGAUUCGUCACACGUGGCACUUGUGUCGCUGAAAAUGGACGUUGGAAUGUUCGAAACAUAUCGAUGCGAUCGAACACUAAAUUUGGGUCUUAGUUUGGCCGGUAUGGCGAGAGCACUGAAAUGCGCAAACAACGAGGAUACAUGCUUGUUGCGAUUCGAAGAAAACGAUGAUUCUGUGAUUUUCUUAUUCGAAGACUCGAAACGAGAUAAAAGUCAGGAAGUUGUCGUAAAAAUGAUGGAUAUUGACAGUGAGCAU